GGCAGGAAGGGACCGUCGUAUUGGCUACCGCUCUAUUCCAAUCAAUGCUGACUAAUGCACCCCCUAUCCCUUGCCUCCUGGCCACACCACCACACUUCCCCGUUACAUCAUGCAAUGGCCCGUAGCGUAGAACAAGAUGCAUGUUGUGCGCUGGUACGUUUGGAUGCGGGUUCUUGAGGGUGUCCAACGAAGUACACGCGUUGUGGUUACCUGAUGCGAUUCAGCGCGGGGGUUACAACUGGUCUGAGCAACGCCGCUCAAACCUCUGAUACCCACUGGCCAUGUCCUGUGUGGUGCGUGGGAACGAGUCCGCAGCCCUUCUUCCAAGGACCCAGAGACGCCCGUGCCCCUGACGACACCAUGAUACCACGACGAGGACGGGCACUUCUCGUGCACGCCCUGUCCAUCUCUGUGAUGGCCCAUGGACUCUUGUUCACUCGCAUGGGCCCAACCUCUGCCAGAGCAUAUCACCGGAAAGCCCCCAUCCCAUUGUACCUCACCAUCCAAGCACUGAUAGGUUCCUGGGCGUGUAUGACGCUCAGUCUCAUUCAGGAUGUAUUUCCAGGUACACGCCGAUGUGCGUCCUUGGAUCUGCGUGCGUUGGCUGGCUUCGUCAUGGCUAACCUCUGGUUCGCAGACUUGCACCCACUGAAAAGAGCGCUAUCAAUGGUAUUCCUACCGUUGGGCUUCGUCGUCUCGGGCGUCUACUGGUCCCUCCGCAUAUUCGCCCCCUCACUCAUCCUCCCCGCUAAGAUAUCCUCCCCAACGUCGUCCUUGCCAGUAGAGGGUCUCAUGAAAUUGCCCUUCCUCACAGACCUCACAAUGCACCUUGCACCCUUGCUCUCCCUUCUCACUGACUUUCUAUUUUUCGACUCCAGGUUUUCGACUAGGCAGAUGACCAUCGCGCCGCUUGUGAUGAUUCCAUAUGCGAUGGGGUAUGCAGGAGCGCUCGAGUAUUUGGCAAUGCAGAACGGCUCUUUUCCAUACCCGUUCCUCGAUGCCAGUUCCCUUUCCACACGACUCGUGAUCUACGUGGGUGCAUCAUACAUGGGUCUGGGGUGCCUGUCAUUCUUGAAUUUCCUACACACGUUCCUCCAUUUUGUAAUAACAGUCGCGUGUGGUUUUAACGUUGCCGGGUGGAUAUAUGGUGAUGGAUAUUCAGAUGAUUGAUCGUGUACAUACCGAAUUUCCAUCUGAAGGAUUGGAAGAAGUUACGAUGAUACAGUGUCUAACUUAUGGCUGCUUCCAAAGACAUCCGAGUAGAUGAUGACAUGCCUAACACUCUUCUGUGAUCACGGACCCUGGCUUACAGGAUAACAUACAAGAAAACACAUUCCCGUGAGCCUGGCCGUCUUCGAUUUGUCUUCUGAAGGGAGAGACGGGGGGGAAAAAAGACGGCGUAUGUUUGCGUGAAGUGUAGGC